AUGGAAGUUUAUACUUUUGACAAAAGUUUUCAAGAACGUAUCAAUGAAUUUACCGAAAUAUUAUCAAGCCGUGAAACAAUUGUUCCAGCAUCUAGAAUAAAAUCAGAAUGGUCGUACCACCUUGAAUUGGUGAUUGAACCAGUUGGCUGGCAAGCGUUGUGGAAAAUCCCUCGAUUAACUUGUCAAGAUUUACAAAUUCACUAUCCUACUGUUGUUGUCGUAUCAGCAGAACACAUUGAUUAUUCUGAAUUGACUGUCUGUGUAAAAAUAAUCGCGGUACAAGAUGAGAUACAUUUGCCAGAAAAAUAUCAAGUACCUUUGAUUGAAUUAUAUCCAACAAAAAAUCAAAACAACAGUGCAUUAGAUAUAAUCGGUACUGCUGAAUGCAUUGAACAGUUGAGGUUUUUUUAUAACCAUUUAUGGAUGCCUUGGGAUGUUGAUGAUGAUGAAAACUUCGAUUGGGUAUUACUUCAUUUAGAAACACGGUUAAGGUUAUUUUUUGACAUUAAACGGAACAACGUAAAUAAAGAAACUGCUGAUAUUAUAAGGACUUUAAUAAAAGAAGCUAAAGAUAUUUCUGAUAAAAUAUCUAGAUUAGAAGCAGACAUUUCUGAUGAUGACGAAGAAACAGAAGAGACCAAAUUUUUGGUAGAUGAAGGAAAAACUUGUCAACUUAUGAAGCUUCACUUGAGAAUGCAACAAAUUAAAGCAGAAGUUAACGUAGUUGAAAAUCCAGCAAUGAGAGAUGUACUACAACGGAAUCCUAAUUCUAACACACCAAACCGACAAGUAAAAAGAAAAGAAAGUCUAGAUAGAAAACCGGAAGCUUUUGUCGUUUGGCGAGGAGGAUCGUUGGAGGAUACAAUUAUAAGCUUAAAAAAAGUUGAUAAAUUUGUGACAAAAGAUACAUUUAUCAAAAUUACAGCAGAUUUACAAGAAGCAUUAGAUGCUUCUGAGACAAAUGAUAAAGUAUUUGUAGCAGAGGGAGAACAUUAUAUUUCAGGAGUUGGUGGCUUAGAGUAUGGAGGCACUAUUAAAAGUAUUGGCAAUAGUAUAAAUACGAUUAUUCAUGCUAAGGAAAAUAUCUGUUGUUCAUCUUUAUUUGAUUUUUCUGGAGAGGAGGUGGUCUUAGAUAAUGUUACUGUUGAUCUUGGUGAGCUUCUAGUGGGAAUUUUAACAAGAAAAGGCAUCAUUAAGCUAAGAGAUUGUAAAAUAUUUGCAUCGAAUCAUAGCGUUAUGAAACUAGGAAUUGUUGUAUUGCCAAACAGUAAAUUGAUUGCUGAAAAUACAAUUUUUGUGAAUCUUGGAACUGCAGUUGUUGUUCAUGCUGCUGGAGAAGUUACUUUAAAAGAUUGUAAAUUUGAAAGAUGCACGGAAGGCAUUCAACUCCAAGAUGAAUCACGAAUACGCCUCACAAAUUGCUGUUUAUCAGGCUUUAUGGAGUACGGCAUUCGCUUAGAAACCCAAAAAUAUCUUACCAGCGCGGAAGGGAAAAGUGGCAGUGUAAAUCUCUUAGUGGAUGUUACAGAAAUAUCCUUGAAAGGCUGUACUUUUGAAAAUAAUAUCCAAGGAGAUGUGUUAUUAAAACCUCGUACGAUGGCUUGUAAUGCAAUAAAUAUAUUUAUAUGGAAUUUAUCCAAAAACAUACAAUCGAAAUUAAUAUUUCUAUUUCGCGAAUUAAAUAAAUUGAUUAAUAAUAUGAUAAAAACUAGUGAUCUAUUCAAUCAGUUGAUUGAUAAACAGACUCAAUUUGGUAACAGUCGAAUUUUGAGUCCUUCGGACUCUAUUUUUGUUUUUAAAAAGACAGAAUCUGAUUAUGAAGAACAUUCUUCUGAUGAUGAGACUUUAUCAAGAAACUUAAGUUGUACAACUGCUUGUUAUGAUAUUAACCCUUUAGAGUCAGAGGAUCUUGAAACGUCUUCGCGUGAGAGUAGUGGGGAGAGCGCAAAUCCAUAG